AAGGGUGCGUGGCGGAGGCGCGCGGCGGCCGGGAGCGCGCGAGCCGGGCCUGGGGCACCGCGAGGCGGGGGCGGGGGACGUGGCAGCGCCCCGCGCGCCACGAAGUUUCCGAAGUUCGCUGCGCGCGGCGCGGAAGCGGCCGGCUGGACCAUGAACGUGUUCCGAAUCCUCGGCGACCUGAGCCAUCUCCUCGCCAUGAUCUUGCUCCUGGGGAAAAUCUGGAGGUCUAAGUGCUGCGCGGGCAUCUCCGGGAAGAGCCAGAUCCUUUUUGCUCUGGUCUUCACCACCAGGUACCUGGACCUCUUCACCAACUUCAUCUCCAUCUACAACACAGUGAUGAAGGUGGUUUUUCUCCUCUGUGCCUAUGUCACCGUGUACAUGAUCUACGGGAAAUUUCGGAAAACAUUUGACAUUGAGAAUGACACAUUCCGCCUGGAGUUUCUUCUGGUCCCAGUCAUCGGCCUUUCCUUCCUAGAGAACUACAGUUUCACCCCUCUGGAGAUCCUCUGGACCUUCUCCAUCUACCUGGAGUCGGUAGCCAUUCUGCCCCAGCUCUUCAUGAUUAGCAAGACCGGAGAGGCUGAGACCAUCACGACUCACUAUCUGUUCUUCCUGGGGCUGUACCGGGCACUCUACUUAGCCAACUGGAUCAGGCGGUACCAGACUGAGAAUUUCUAUGAUCAGAUUGCUGUGGUGUCCGGAGUAGUGCAAACCAUCUUCUACUGUGACUUUUUCUACUUGUAUGUGACCAAAGUCCUUAAAGGGAAGAAGUUAAGUCUUCCGAUGCCAAUCUGAGGGCCCCUGAGAUGAUCAACACCUUAACAAUGACACCAAGCAAACCAGUUUCACUGUUCUCUUUGGUG